AUGAGACAACCAUGGUUCGAGUGGCCGCAAGGCAAGCUCGGCACGGACAACGGCCAAACGAAUCAGAACCCGAGGAAGAAGUGGUCAUAUCACAAUGAGCUCGGCCACUAUACAACGGCAUGUACUCCGUACAAGGCGCUGUUGGAACGUUUGGCGGCCCAAGGCCAUCUCGACCAAUACAUUGAUCGGGCAAAAACGCCCGCCCGACAGACAAAUCCCAACCCCAACAAACAGCGCCCACUGAUACACGUCAUCCACGGUCCAAUGACGAAGGCAUCCGAAACCGCCCUCAAGGCCGACAUCGAUCACGCCUCAACAUCUAAACAGAUACUCUCAGUUGGUUGCGGAUCCAAGCGUCAACGACCGCAGGACGUACCCAAGUGGACGAUAAGCUUUACUGAGCGUGACCUUGAACAUGUUAAAACUCCACACUCGGACGCCCUCGUCGUCACCAUCCAAAUAGGCGUCCACGACGUAAAGCGCGUCCUCAUUGAUCAAGGAAGUUCAGCAGAGGUCAUGCAUUACGACCUUUUCAAGAAGUUGGAUCUACCAGAAGCAAUAUUCAAGAUGUUAGAUGAACAAAUCGGCCAUACCGUGGAGGCCUACAUUGAUGACCUUGUAGUCAAAAGCAAGAAGGAAUCCAACCACCUCCGAGACUUGGUGGAAGUCUUCGACAUCCUCAAACUCCACAAGCUACAGCUAAAUCCUGAAAAAUGCGCAUUUGGGGUGAGCGCUAGGAAAUUCCUCGGACACCUGGUCACUCGAAGAGGCAUUGAGGCCGACCCCAACCAAAUCAAGGCUGUUCAAGAUUUGUGCCCACCCAGGGCGAUCAAGGAAGACUACUUAAAUUCGGCCCCGUUGUUGGUAAAACCGAAGGAGUUCGAAACUUUAUAUCUCUACCUCGCCGUAUCCGCCCACGCAACCACUUCUGCUCUCGUACGCCGGGAAGGCGCCGAUGACAAGCCUAUCUAUUUCACAAGCAAGACACUCCUUCCAGCUCAAACUCGCUACCUACCACUUAAAAAGUUAGCCCUCGCUCUCGUUUCAGCGGCUAGAAAACUCCUGCCCUACUUUCAGUCACACCCUAUCGUCGUCUUAACUGAACAUCCCCUCAAGAGCCUCUUUCGAAAGGCUGAUCUAUCCAACAGGGUUUCCAAGUGGGCAGUCGAGCUAGCAAACUUUGAUAUCCGGUUUGAACCACGAACGGCAAUCAAAGGACAGGUUCUUGCUGAUUUCAUUGCUGAACUUACUCCAGAAGAUACUGAACUCCUUAACAUACCCAUCCCAACACAAACCGUCGCCGAGCAUCAACUGUCACCAGAACCUUGGCACCUUUUCCAAGGUGACAUAUGGCGUCUACAUGUUGACGGAGCAUCAAACAGCAACGGACCAGGGGCCGGGGUCGUUCUAGUCUCCCCCUGUGGAACACUACACGAAAGUGCUAUCAGCAUCAACUUCCCCGUCACCAAAAACGAAGUUGAAUAUGAAGCGCUCCUAACUGGCUUACGCUCUACGGUAGUGAUGGAAAUUUCCAACCUUGUUGUUUACUGUGACUCCCAACUCAUCGUUAACCAAAUAUUGGGCGAUUAUGAGGCUCGGGAUCCACGGAUGUCAAAAUAUCAGGCCACCGCAGCCGAACUAAUCACCCACUUCCCCAAUUUCAAAAUCGAACAGAUCAACCGCGAACACAACGCGCAUGCCGACACACUCGCUGGCCUUGCCUCAGCUUCAAAAGCAACCGAAUUUCGGACAAUCAGCUUUGGCAACAUGGACCACCCAAGCUUUGAUACCACUUCAAAGGUUCUCAACGUUGAACUGGGCCCAAGCUGGAUGGACGAGAUCAUUGCGUUCCUCAAAAAUGAUACUCUGCCGGCAGACAAGAAGGAAGCUUAUCGUAUCAGGAACAAAGCCGUUCAUUACUCGCUAUCUGAAAGCGGUCAACUUUACAGGAAAUCUAUAUCCGGCCCAUACCUACUCGUGGUCCACCCAACACAGAACCUCUCCCCCAUCAUCAGUCCUUGGCCCUUUGCACAAUGGGGGCUUGAUAUCGUCGGAAAACUGCCAACAGCUCCAGGAGGAUUCAAGUUCCUGAUCACCGCAACGGACUACUUCUCAAAAUGGGUAGAGGCCGAACCUCUCGUGACAAUCACUGAGGCUGAUGUCCGAAGAUUUGUUUGGCGAAACAUUGUUACAAGGUUCGGAGUCCCUUAUGCCAUUGUAUCAGACAACGGGAGCCAAUUCGUUGGUAAAGACCUCACCAACCUCUGUGAAGAAUUUGGGAUACGCUUCUUCAACUCUACUCCUGCAUACCCACAAGGGAAUGGACAAGCUGAGGCAACAAACAAGACCGUCUGCGCCGGGAUCAAACGCCGGUUAAACUCCAAGAGAGGAAAAUGGGUUGAAGAAUUACCACGUGUCUUCUGGGCUUACCGUUCUACUCCCCGGCAUUCAACCGGACAAACGCCCUUUUCAAUGGCAUUCGGCAUGGAGGCGGUAAUCCCAUUGGAGUCCAAGUUCCCCACUCUACGGACUGAGAAUUUCGAUCCAAAGACUAACGAAGAAGCCGUACAACAAGAAUUAACCCUGGCAGAAGAGAAAUGCGACGAUGCUCAGCUAAAGCUCGCCGAAUACCAACAACAAGUGGCAAGAGCCUACAACCGAAGUGUUCGAAUCAAGACCUUCAAACCAGACGACUUGGUCUGGCAAAAGGUGGUGCAAGCUAGCAAGAAGCAGAAAUGCAAACCCAAUUGGGAAGGCCCCUUUCGUGUCGUCAAGAUUGCUGGAGAAGGCGCCUACGCUCGGCAUACCUUCCGCUAG